AUGUCAGCUAACCACGGCUUUCACUCCUAUCAAGAAGCGUUCGACUUUGCCUAUGGCAAGCCUGAAGUUCGGGCGCAGCUUGCGGUUGAGCACAAGCCUGAAGCUUUCGCAACAUCCGAACCCGAGACUGUCACGACGCCCGAGCCCGAAAUCGCUACUAUACCUGAGCUCGUAACUAUCACCACGUCUAAGCCCGAGACUGCAACUGCGCCUGAGUCCGCAAUUGUCAUGGCGCUCGAGCCCGAAACCGCUCUUACACCCGAGCCUGAAACUCUGCCUCAAUCCAGGACAGUACUCGAUGCUGAGCCUGGGCACCAGGAGCAGCCGCCAGCCAAGAAGGCCCGUCAUAGUGAAGGACAGGCCACUGAAACGUUUUCUGACACUCAAGAAAACACCUUUGGCAGCAACGACAUAGUUGAUCAAGCGGGCGAGUCGUCAUCUAGUGCUUCCGACCCGUCCGAGAUCGUCUACAGCGAUAUAGUGCAGGCGAAAGAGCGACUGUCGGCUCUCAUGGAGGGGGGUGGAGCAGUGAAAAUCAUCCCAGUGUCCCCCAAGAGGAAGUGGGAGGAAUAG